AUGACAGGCUAUGCAGCCAACCAAUCCAGAUGCUGCGAGCUUCUGAGCUUCGAGCCUCCUUUCGCCAAUGCGAUCUAUGCCAACGAGGUCCAUCUUCUCUCCAGUGAAGCAAAAUUCGCUUGUCUCGAAAAUAGGUCUAGUCCCACUGACACCGACGUUACGGGCAUCGAACUCAAGGACCGCCUGACAUCUAUCUCAGAGUCCAUCGCUGAAUGCUAUGCUGUCCGAUCCGAGGCGCUUGAGCAUGCUCCCCUGAGGUUGAUCAGCACAUCAAACGAUCAGAGGCAGCAGGAAGAGCAAUCGUUCAUUGCGUUGACUUAUCGUUGGUCCAGUCCUGUAAUGUUAGAGAAAUCUGGACAGUACUCCCUGCCAAUCACUCCCGAGAUGUAUGCAGCCGUUAAGGUAGAAGUCCAACGCGAUGAGUUUGGAGAUAAGCCGGUGGAGGGGCUCUGGAUCGAUCAGAUCUGCAUCGACCAGCGAGUUGAGGCCGAAAAGCAGGCUCUCAUUGGCGUUAUGGAUCUUCUAUACUCAAGCGCUAGGUUGGUUGUAGUUGUGCUCGACGGGGUGUAUUUGGACGAGGCGGAAAUUCAAAGUCUGCUGUCAUAUGGCGCGAUCUGUGACGGGGACGGAAGCAGUAUCAAUACACCUUGUUCACGUCAAUCGCCUGCUUACGCGUCCACAAACAUGCAUUUGUAUACUGCUGUUGAGAAAAUUGUUCGCAGUCCGCUCUUUUCAAGAGCUUGGUGCAUCCAAGAGCUCGAGCUGAGCAAACGAAACAUCUUCCUUGUAGGUGCUACUAAGAAAGAAAGAGGAGCUAGUUGCAUCUUGAGGUUCAAUGGCACAUACUACAAGCAUUUGCUUGUCCUGUAUAUAGAAGUCCCUCGAUCGAGGGAGCCUUACAGGGUCCGAAGUGACUUUUUCAGAGCAGAGGCGACUGGCAACAUUAUCGAACAUAUGCAUAGGCUUUUGGGGCAACGGGACCUUCGCGACUACCUUAACAGCCACCCAACGAUUACAAAAUUCAACUUCCCUCCAGCCUUCAUCAUCCAACCCGUGGGGGAUAUAUUCUAUUACAGCGAGGCAAGUGGUGAUGGUUUGAUCCAGGAUCCUGUCGUGCGGCGCUUGGACGCUCUGAAAGACAAGCUUUCAAUCGUGCUUAACAUAGUAAAGAACGGUUUGGUACUCCUUCGGUCCAAGCUGCGAGAAGAUACGUCAAUAGACGACCCUGACGCGUGUUUUGAGGAUACUUGCUUAGCUCACAUUAUGAUAGUCGCUUUAGCAUCAGGAGACCCAAUUGCGCUUUGCACAUCUGGUCCACGUCUGAGGCUUUCCGGAAGGAACAAACCAUCUUCCUGGCUUUGCCGGCCGGACUCAAGAGAUCACGGAAGUUUCGCACCAGAGCCGAGUCGAAUAGACCCGAAUCUGAAGUUCUCUGUUGAUAUAGGGCCUAAUUGUGAAUUCAUCGAUCUUGACUUAGCCUUCCCCUGCCAACCGGAGGACCGCCAUAGAGCAUCUGUGAAUGACUUUCUGACUAGUGCUAGUCAGUUUCUGAGUCAAUGUCUACAUCAAGACAUUGCGAGAGACGAGCUCUCUAUCCUUCGAAUUACUGACUUUGAUAGCGAUACUGCGUACGGGCUGACUAAGGAGCUCUUUAGCAAUACUCUUGCUUGUAUCUUGGAAUGUGGCAGCUACUGGCUGUCAAAACUAGAUGCUAGGAUGUGCGGAGGCACGAAUUCUGAGGCUAUACUUCGCGCCCUAAAUAUGAUUUCUGAUCGAGUAGACGGUAGGUUUUGGUUUAAGGCACAAUUGCUUGAGAACCCCGAUGUUCAAGAGGCAGCCAAGAAAGUGUGGGGAUUCGUGGCGUUUCUGAUAACGCGUGGGCUUCCUGUCGCGGCUUCAGCUACAAGUGAUACCUCUCUGGCCGAGUGGAGACCAAUCUGGUUCUCUUUGCCGUCCGAAGAUCGCGUAUUGACAUUUGCACCUACUGAAGACGUAGAACUGGCCAUUCCGAAGGCGCUUUUGCCACACGCAUAUCGUGAAUUGCGCCGGUGCUGGGUUGUACAGAGGAAAGAUGACUCAACUUGUUUGAGCUUGCAACUUUUGGGGAAGAGCCGACUUACUGGGAGCGUAAAUUUCCUUGAGAACGUAACAUCUCUUUGGCCUGAAGAACGAGCGCGAGUCUUUCAAUACUAA